UAAUCCUAUCCAUCACCGAGAUAUUAUCCUUUAAACUUUUCACAAUCCUCUUAUAUAACCAAUAUCAUUUAACUUCUUCCUCAUUUUACUCAAAAACUAUACUUUUUUUUAUAUAGUUUCUUAUUUCUGGGUAUUUCAGUUCAUAUUUCCUUUCCUUUUUUUCAUAAAAUCCAUUAGUGGAAUUAAAUUUUAUCCAAUGGGCCAUUUAAAAAACUUUUUUUAAACUUUUUUUUUAUCAAGUAUAAAAGUGUUGAAGGAUUGAGAUUCAGUUAUUGACAUAGGAGUUGGAAAUUUGGGUCACUUUUAAAGGCAAAUAAUGGAGAUAGGUUUGGCUGAUAAAGUAAGAGAAAGAGUUGGUUAUGUGAAAAGGGUCAUUGCUAAGAAUAGGAACAAACCUUAUUGUAGAGUUAAGAGACAUGUUCCAAAGUCACUUCAGCAGCUAUUUCAUUCAUGCAAACAAACAUUCAAAGGUCCUGAAACUGUUCCUGUAACACAAGAUGUUCACAAACUUUGUCACAUACUAGAUAACAUGAAGCCAGAGGAUGUUGGACUAAGCAGAGAUCUGCAGUUUUUCAAACCUGGAAACAUUAUUAAAGAGAAUCAAAGGGUCACAUACACCACUGUCUACAAAUGUGACAAUUUCUCUGUGUGUAUCUUUUUCCUACCUGAAAGAGGAGUCAUUCCUCUCCAUAACCACCCUGGGAUGACUGUUUUCAGCAAGCUUCUAUUAGGACAAAUGCACAUUAAGUCUUAUGAUUGGGUUGAUCCGGAGGCCUCUCACAGCUCCAAAUUGAGGUUGGCAAAGUUAAAAGCAAACAAAGUUUUCACAUCAUCAUGUGAUACCUCGGUAUUGUAUCCAACAACGGGAGGCAACAUUCAUGAAUUCACAGCUAUAACUCCAUGUGCUGUUCUUGAUGUCAUUGGUCCACCUUACUCCAAAGAAGAUGACAGAGACUGUUCAUAUUACAAAGAUUUCCCAAAUGAAAAAGAGAUCGAUGAGGGGAAAGAUGAAAAAGAUAGUUACGCAUUGUUAGAAGAAAUUGAGAUGCCAGAAAAUUGUCAAAUGGAUGGAAUUGAAUAUUUGGGACCUCCUAUUGAUAACACUGUUUUUUAGCUUAAAAAAAUGUAUCGAUUCUAGUAGCAUCUUUUACAAAGUGUUCCAAUAUAUGUAUGGCAAGGGAAGCUAUUAUAAUAUAAAUUAUUUUAUUUGCCAUUAAGAGUUUUUAUGUCAUAAUUCAUUUCUAUUAAAAAUGAAUAGAAUAAAUUUGUUUGACAUUAA